UUGGCUUUCUCCUCGGUUUUACCCGGCCGGCUCCCCUUGAGCCGUGAUCCAGCCGUUCGCUCUCCAUCACUCGGAGCUCUCCGCUGCGCCUCUCCGCUGCGCCUCCCCGCUGCGCCUGCGCGACCCCACCCCACCCCACGCGCGGGCUCGCGUUCCAAUUCCCGCCAGGCCUCCGGCCCACGGCACCCGGCCCGCGCCUUCCCGGUCCGGCGGAGAGCCGGCGGCGCAAGCACCAUGCUCUUCUAUUCCUUUUUCAAGUCCCUUGUCGGCAAGGAUGUGGUCGUGGAACUCAAGAAUGACCUGAGCAUCUGUGGAACUCUCCAUUCUGUGGAUCAGUAUCUCAACAUCAAACUAACUGACAUCAGUGUCACAGACCCUGAGAAAUACCCUCACAUGUUAUCAGUGAAGAACUGCUUCAUCCGGGGCUCAGUGGUUCGCUAUGUGCAGUUGCCAGCAGAUGAAGUCGACACACAGUUGCUACAAGAUGCAGCAAGGAAGGAGGCCCUGCAGCAGAAGCAGUGAUAGUUCCUCCUACCUUCCCCUCCUUCCAUUGGAAUGUGGAUGAGAGGGCUAAUAAUGGGGAGCGGCUGUCCUCUGUUGAGUAGGCUGAGGAACUGAGAAGCCUUCCCUGUCUCCAGCACCUGCCUUUCUCACUUCUUCCCUGGAGGUGGUGGGAGAAUCUCUCAGAGCUCUCCAGGGUAGCACGUGAUUUAUUGUGGGGAGAGAAGGAAUCUAUCCCGCAUCGGGAAUAAAAUUUAUGAAGCAAAUUCGA